CCGCGAGCGUCACUAUCGCCUCUACCAACCGAGUACCAUGAUGCUCUCGCCGUGGUCACGUCCUUCGCUUUUGUGUCUCUGGUCUCUACCGCAGGACUAUUCGCAUAUCUCGCAUGGCGUCUCACCAGCUGGAAGCAUCGCGGCUAUGCAAGAGCCAACCAAUACCUUGCGCUUCUUAUCAACCUCGUCUUAGCCGAUCUCAUACAAGCUACUGGAUUUGUCAUGAACCUCGAGUGGCUAAGCAAGAACGCCAUCACAGUUCUCACUCCAACAUGUUGGACUCAAGGCUGGUUUCUCAAUGCUGGGGACGUUGGUAGCGCCGUCUUCACAUUUGCAAUGGCCAUCCACCUCUUCAUGGAUAUCAUCAUAGAUAAGAGGAUGCCGUACUGGCCCUUUCUCGGAUGCAUAGUUUUGGGCUGGAUCUUCAACUUCUUUUGUGCAACCAUCGGCAUCGUACUGCAUCCUCGCGAUUUCUACGUACGGGCUGGCCUCUGGUGUUGGAUCAAUCAAGACUACAUGGCGACGCGGCUCUGGCUACACUAUGCUUGGAUCCUCGUAACCGAGUUCGGCGUAGUUGUCAUCUACAGCGUCAUGCUUGUCAUACUAUUGCGAAGGGUGCGGACCAUCUUCUACUCAACAUCUGAUCUCCGCCUUCGAGCCAAGUCCGCAGUAAAGAGCAUCCUCUUCUACCCACUAGUCUACGUGGUCUGCACUUUACCCGCUGUCGUCAUCCGCCUCAAAGUCAUGGCAGGCGGCAAAGCCUCAAUUCAGGAGCUCACCGCAAUCGGCGCCAUUAUCGUAUCAAACGGCUGGCUAGACGUCCUCCUCUACACCGUCACCAGGUCAUCACUAAUCUUUGGA